AUGACAGGCCCCAAUAGCAAGGGGGUUCUACCACAAGGAAGCCUGCUGAGGGAGCUAGGAGUGGAACUCAGACUGUGCAACAAGUUUAGCCAUCUGGCCAAGGAUUUCCCAGAUGGGGCAGGUUGGUCUGGGGGUGCUCAAAGGGUGGAGCGAUCUACAGCAGUAGGGCAAGUAUUUUCUUUGACAGUAGCAGAGGCUUCCACCUCACCGGACUUGGUGAAGGGGAAGGGUAGAGCUGCAGGUAUACAUGUUUCUAUCCUAUUUGAUUUGGGUGCUACACACUCCUUUAUUUCUUUGGACUGCAUUCAUAGGUUGAGAUUAGUUGUGGAUGAGUUAGAUGUUUGUCUAGUUGUGUCUACUCCGAUGUUGAAUUUUGUGACGACAUCAGAGUGUUGUUUGAGAUGCCCAAUUGAGCUGUUUGGGCAGAGAUACCGGGUGAAUCUCAUUUGUUUGCCAUUGGUGGGCCUUGAUGUGAUUCUAGGUAUGGAUUGGCUGUUAGCUAAUCGAGUUUUGAUUGAUUGUGCUCGGAAGGAGCUUAUUUUUGCUGAUGAAAUGGAUGAUGGGUUAAUAUCUAAAAAGCAAGCAGAGGAGUUGUUAUCAGAGGGGGCAGAGUGUUUCUUUCUCUUUUCUUCUCUGAGUUUGGAGUCUCGACAGGUUGUUGAUGCCAUAGAUGUUGUGAGAGAUUUCUCGUAG